AAAGUCAGAGACGGACGUUCUCAAGUGUCGGACCGCUUCCUGUCCUGUGUCAGGUCAAAAAUGUUUUCUCUGCGGAUGUCGCAGCGGUUAAAAUCUAUUUUAUUCCAACAGGGAAUGAAAGGUUCUAGAAGUUUUACGUCGACCGUCUUCCAACGCAAAGAUGACGUGCUCGUUAAGAUGGACAACCCGUUCAAAGAGCCACCGAAGGGAUGUGCCCUCUGUAACGUGGAGGUAGACUUUAAAAAUACACAGCUGCUGUCCCAGUUCGUCUCACCUCACACUGGCAGGAUUUACAGCCGACACAUCACAGGCCUGUGUGGAAUAAAACAGAAACAAGUGUCCAAAGCCAUAAAGAAAGCUCAGUCGAUGGGUUUCAUGUCCGUGACUCACAAACACCCACAGUUCAUGAGGGACCCGACUAUCUUCAACGUCAAACACCUGAGUUAAUGUGUGUGUAUUUAAUGUGUAAUCAUGUGUAGUAAAGUUCUUACGUGUAA